UGGUCCGACGUGACCACAAUCGCAGUGGAACUUGAAGUGGAUUAAUAUAACGUAUCUAGCACCAAGAGGCAGCGACUAGAAAACAAUAAUCAAGAAGAUUUCGAAAAAAAUGUCAUUCAAAGGAAAAAAUGCAGUAGUUACAGGAGGAGCAAGUGGAAUAGGACUUCAAGUUGUAAAACAGCUACUGCAACAUGGAGCAGGGAAAGUGGCAGUCUUAGACAUUCAGGAUAAUUUGGAGGAGAUUGUUAGUAUGCGGUUGGGCUUCCCAUCGCAAAGCAUAAUUGUCAUUAAAAUGGAUGUGGCCAAUCAAAAAGGAAUGGAGGCCACAUAUGAAGAGAUUGCAAAAACCUUUGGUCAUUUAGACAUCGUUGUCAACGUGGCUGGCCUCUUCAAUGAUCAAGAUGUCCAGCGUACAAUAUUAGUGAAUUUGGGAGGAAUGAUUAAUUCGACAUUGAACGCAUUGAAAAUAAUGAGCAAAGACCAAGGUGGUAAGGGUGGAAUAAUUUGCAAUAUGUCAUCUGUUGUAGGCUUGGAUCCGAUGUUCCUUGUCCCAGUGUAUGCUGCCACCAAAGCCGGUAUUAUAAAUUUCACACGUUGUUUAGGAAAAGACAUAUUUUUUCAACGAACCGGGGUCAGGAUGAUAACUGUUUGCCCGGGCGCCACAAUCACAGAUAUGUUUACCAACUUUACUGAGAAGAUUUUAUUUCCAGAAUUGGGCGACGAAUCUUAUCGCGUUUUGGAUCGCUUACAUAAGCAAAGUGCUGCGGACGUAUCCCGCUGCAUACUCACUGCCUUGGAGAAAGAGGAAAACGGUGCCGUUUACAUUAUUGAAGGUAAACGGCUAUUCCCAAUGGAAAUGAAAAAAUAUUGGAGAGGUCUAGAAAAAGAACUAAACGAGUAAUACCUAGCAAUUCAAGUGUUGUAAACAUUAUUAAAAAUGUGUGUGUAACUCCUCUACAGUAAUUAAUAAAAGACAGUACAUACCUUUUAAA